UAGCCAAUAAGCUUUUGCAUACAUGAAGCAACUUCCAUUGGUCGGCCAGUGGCAUUCGUGAAAUACGCUCUUCAUCGUGUGGCAAAAUUCACAAAGCACUUCCUUUAAAUACAACAAUCUACUUGUGCCUCCAGCCCCCUCCUCACUUGCACAGAUCUUCCAAUUCCACAGUGUGCCUCAAGAGCUCACCACAAUUCAUCUCGCUCCUAAAAUUUGCAGCUAUCUAUCGUCUAGUGAUCAGUCAUCGUCAUGGGAAAUUGCCUGGUGAUUCAGGACAGGAAGGAGAUCAAGAUCAUGAGCGUCGACGGCAGCGAGGUCCUCAAGAUGCCGUCCCCCGGCAGCUUCAAGGUCCAGGACGCCCUCACCGAUCCCGGCGUGCUCCCGGUGAAGGCGCCGGCGGCUGCCGUCGACCCUGCAGGCGCCGUCAGGGUGAAGCUGGUGAUCAGCAAGCAGGAGCUGAAGAAGAUGCUCGACAAGGAGGGCAUGUCGCUGGACGACAUGGUGUCCCUCAUUCGCAAAGAGGCAAUCGAUCGUGAACAGCAGCAGGAGGAGUGGUGCGGAGGGUGGCGCCCUGCGCUGGAGAGCAUACCGGAGGGCAGUGAUCUAUAGCAGCCUGGGGAUUGUUCAGAUAGAUAUCAAAAGUUGCAGAAAAGAAAGGUUGCAAGAUCAUCGAUCCUGCUUACAAAAGUUACAGGGUACGUUUUGGAAUAAGCGCAAGAAAAACAUAUGGUAGAUAGCAUAUAUAUAUAUAUAUAUAUAUAUAUAUAUAUACAUGUAAAUAUAUAGAGGUAGUGUUGAUAUAGAUAUGGAACGAGUUUUGAGAUAGGGAUUCUCUUCAUCUUUUCUUGCUGCUCACAUGCAUGCAAGCAUGCAUGCUUGUAAAGAAGAGGUAAAGAUUUUUUUUGAAGUAAAAGAAGAGGUAAAGAUGGUCCUGGAAAUCAA